CUUUUGAAUGCGCUUUCGAAAUGAGGAAAAUCAGCUGUGCCCUUCCAACUUCCUUUUCCUGGAGACUCUUUCGCUGAAAGCUCCGGCAAGAUGACGAGUAAACGGCGCAAUCACGGGCGUAACAAGCACGGACGCGGGCACGUCAAGUUCGUGCGUUGCAUCAACUGCUCCAAGGCCUGCCCCAAGGACAAGGCGAUCCGGAAGUUCGUCAUCAAGAACAUCGUGGAGGCUGCGGCCGUGCGGGACAUCUCGGACGCCUCCGUCUACACUUCCUAUGUGUUGCCCAAGCUGUACACCAAACAGUACUACUGCGUGUCAUGCGCCAUUCACAGCCGAAUCGUGCGCAAUCGAUCCCGCGAAGCCCGACGCGACCGCACACCCCCUCCCAAGUUCCCUAUGCGAGCGCCCAUGCCCCAAGGCGGGGGUGGUUCGGGUGGACCGCCCGGUGGACGUGGACCUGGCGGUCCGGGCGGACCCGGUGGACCCGGAGGUCCACCCAAGGCCUAGGCUUGCCGCGGCCAGUCGACCGGAUAUCAUCGAGGAUCCACGAGCUAUGUGUCGUUGAGAUGAAUAAAAAUGGAUGCCAUUGGCACGCUGAA